AUGAAAUUUGCUUACACUAGCACAAUUCUCUGUGGGAAAUACAUGCUCAAAGAACUGAAGAUAGUGGAGGACAAUGCAAGACGUGUAAAGAAGUUUCACACUACCUGUGUCAGUGUUUUGCAAGAUUCAUAUCACACCUGCUUGAAGAGAAACACAAUCAGGUUUCGUAUCAGGGCAUAUCGAUUUGUCAGAGCCAUUGUUUUUGCUGUGAAUGAAAUUAAUCAGAACUAUAAUAUAUUGCCAAACAUCACACUUGGGUUCAACAUCUAUGAUAGCUGCUUCCUAGAAAGUCGAGCUACAGGUUGCACACUUCAAUUAUUGUCUGGCAGACAGUGGGCUAUUCCUAAUUAUGGAUGUAGGAUGACACCGAUCUUGCCUGCUAUUAUUGGUGAUGAAGCUGCCGCAGCUACUCUACAAAUGGCUACUCUUUUAAGAAUCUACAAAUUUCCUCAGCUCCUACAUUACUUGAAAAACGUUGAAUUUGUAAAUUCAGGAGGGGAAAAGAUAUUUUUUGAUGCCAAUGGUGACCUACCAGCAGUGUAUGAUAUUCUCAACUGGCAUAUAUUUCCUGGUGGUAUGAGUCGUUAUAUUCAGGUUGGAAUGUUUGAUUAUAAUGCCCCUAAUGGUCAACAAAUCAAGAUCAAUGAAACGUCCAUCCUGUGGAGCAGUGCAUUUCCUCAGACACCUGUGUCUGUCUGCAGUAAAAGCUGCUUACCUGGAUUCUGGAAAGCUGCACGUAGGGGGCAGCCCAUCUGUUGCUUUGACUGCCUUCCCUGUUCUAAAGGAGAAAUUAGUAAUCAGACUGAUGCCACAGAAUGUAUGAAAUGUCCCGAAGACCUCUGGCCUGAUAAUAAGCGUGAUAAGUGUAUUCCGAGGAGCAUCGAGUUCCUGUCAUACAGUGAGCCUCUUGGAGCUACACUGGCAUCGAUUCCCAUUUUCUUGUCAAUAGUAACUGUUGCAAUUCUCUGUAUUUUUAUUAAGAAUCAGGACACCCCAAUAGUGAAAGCCAACAAUCGUGAACUCAGUUACCUCCUUCUUCUUGCACUCAUGUGCUGUUUCCUAUGUUCCCUAAUAUUUAUUGGCAAACCAAAAGUAUAUACCUGCAUGUUUCGACAGCCUGCAUUUGGUGCAGCAUUUGCACUUUGUGUGUCCUCCAUUUUGGGGAAAACUAUCACCGUGGUCAUCGCAUUCAAUGCAACUAAUCCUACUAGUGUACUAAGGAAGUGGACCGGCUCCAAAACCCCUGCUGUAAUUCUAUUUAUUUGUGUGUGUGUACAAGUUGUCAUUUGUAUUUGCUGGCUAACAUCUAACCCUUCAUUUCCACAGCUUAAUAUGAAGUCACAAGAGGGAAAGGUUAUAGUCGAGUGCAACGAGGGUUCAAUUAUCAUGCUUUAUACCAUGUUAGGGUAUCUGGCAUCUCUGGUAGCUGUAAGCCUAGUUAUUGCAUUUUUUGCUAGGAAGCUGCCUGAUAGUUUUAAUGAAGCCAGAUUCAUUUCUUUCAGUAUGCUUGUGUUUGCCAGUGUCUGGCUGACCUUCAUACCAGCUUAUCUGAGCACUCAGGGUAAAUACAUGGUUGCUGUAGAGAUAUUUGCGAUUGUAUCUUCUAGUGCUGGUAUUCUGUGCUGUAUAUUUAUUCCAAAGUGUUACAUUAUUAUUCUGAGACCAGAAAUGAAUACUAGGGACCAUUUAAUGGGAAGUUCACGGUUAAGGAAUAAAACAUGA